AUCUUGAUGAAAAUAUAACUUAACCAAAUCCUAAAGCUAUUUACGAGAUAUGUAUGAACUUUUACUCGUAUAAUAUAUUAGCAACAUUCUGUUCUUCAUCUAUAAAUAAAUCAGGGCACUGAAGUUGUAAGCCGUACUGUAAUCGCUACAAUCCUACUGAGUACGUAUAUAGUGACCAUGGUCAAUAUAGUGCUUCCGUCGGGGAAUUCUUCCCAUUCUGAUUCUUCUGAGCUUUCUGAGCUAGAGGCCAUUCUACGAGCUGAUUCCAAAGACAAGUCUGCCACUAAACGGAUUGGUGCAAUGAAAAAAAUAAUAGCGAAUAUGUCAAUGGGAUAUGAUAUGACUUCUCUUUUUGCUGCUGUUAUAUCUUGUAUGGAGACCAGCAAUGUCGAUUUGAAGAAAUUGUGUUAUCUUUAUUUGAAAAGUUUUGCAAGGUUGGAUCCUUCAGAAGCAAAAAAGGCAAUUCCAGUUUUGCUUAAGGGUGUCUACUCUUCAAAUCCAGUAUUACGUGAUCUUUCUUUAAAGACUUUAACUUCAAUUCAUAUAAAAAACUUCUGGGUUGCUUCUCUUGAUCCAAUUAUUCGAUUACUCGAUGAUAUCGAUCCUUAUGUGCGCAAAACAGCCGUUAUGGGAGUCGCGAGGAUUUAUUCUUAUGACCGAAAGAUAGUUGAGUCUUCAGGCUUAAUGAAAAAUAUAAAAGAGAUGCUAAAUGAUGAGUCUGCUAUCGUUGUUGCCAAUGCUUUAGCUGUCCUUAUUUCCAUCGUUCAAUCCUCAGAUGUCUUCAAACUUACACUUACUAAAGAUGUUACAUCGAAAAUAAUUGAUUGUUUGAGUAAUUGCUCAGAAUGGCUGCAAACUAUUAUUUUCGAUUCUCUUAUAUGCUAUGUUCCACAAAAGCCUGGAGAAGCCGAAAACUUUGCUGAACGGAUAUCACCUUGGCUUCAGCAUGGAAACACGGCAGUGUGUAUGGGGGCUAUCAAAGCUGUACUUUACUUUAUUAAUUAUAUGAGCGAUGAUUUACUCGUUAAAGAUCAUCUUACAAAGGUGGUUCCACCUUUGGUAACUAUGCUAGCUAGAAAAUCUUCACCGACUCAGUAUGUUCUUUUACGUAACGUGGAAUUAAUACUGGACGCAUACCCAGAGAUCUUUCAGACUGAUUUACAUUUUUUCUUCUGUCAUUUUGAUGACCCUGCGUACGUUAAGCUUGAAAAAUUCAGUAUAUUGGCGAAACUAGCAAAUGAGGAAAAUCUUGACCAUAUUUUGCCAGAAUUUAUGGAAUACGCUUCGGAGGUCGACGUGGAGUUAUCAAGAAAGUCUGUUAGAUAUAUAGGUCAUUUGGCUGUACAGAUUGAAAGCCGUGCAGAUGACUGUGUUGAUUGUCUUGUUGAAUUAAUUGACACUAAGAUAACCUACGUGGUACAAGAGGCUGCAAUCAUCAUUAGGGAUAUAAUGAGAAAGUAUCCUAAUCGCUAUAAGCACCUACUUUCUAUUUUACUGAAAAAUAUAGAGUUCCUUGAUGAGCCAGAAGCAAAAGCAGCUUUUAUAUGGCUACUUGGUCACUAUGCUGAGUCAGUUGAAAACUCAUGCUCUUUGAUGGAGGAGUACGUCGAUGGAUUUCUAUACGAACCUUUGGAAUUACAGCUGACGAUCUUAACGGCGGUUACCAAACUAUUUUUGAAGCUGCCUGCUGCAGGUUCAGAAAUGGUUACUAAAAUUUUGCAGCUGUGUAUUGAAGAGAUUCAAGAUCCGGAUUUGCGCGACCGAGGCAUCAUAUACUCUCGUAUGUUAUCAACUAAUCCGGAGCUUGCAAGGAAGGUGAUUUUAACGAAUGCACCUUCUGUUGAUGUGAAAGCCGGCACUUAUGAUCCAGACACGACGGAGCAGCUUUUGUUAAACGUUGGUACUCUUUCAUCUGUUUACCAUAAACCGCCUAAUCGGUUUGCAAGGGGUUCUUUCCCUCAGUAUCUGGAACAGAGUCCUGUUCUGCGGCAGCAAGCCAAUUUAGCUGCAAAUUCUACAGGAGAUCUGGAGAUGGAAUACAACUUACAGUCAUCGAGCACUAUAGAUGGAAACUACGCAACGAAAAGUGAAAUCGAUGUUAAUUCUGGUGGACUAUGGAGUCAAACCCCUCUAAGUGAAAAUGGACCCACACCACAAACUGAAUAUGUAUCCAAUAUACAGUUCUUGGCCGAAUUGGAAAAUCAAGAUGAGCCUAUGAUUUCUAAAGAUUAAUGAACUAAUAAUGCGCAUUAAAACUGUGCCAAAUAUUACAAAAUAGAAAACAAUAAUGUUUCAUAGUCAACAGUCUACAAGGAUGACAUAUUUGGUAAGUUCAGCAGAUGGAAGCUACAUUAUUCAUAACUUACUGAAUGGUAAAGAAAGAAUUUACAAAGCUUAAUCAAGCUACAUCAGAAAAUCAAUGACAUCUUUUUUUAUAUUUUAAAAAAAGUAAUCAAGAAAAUUAGUAUCCGUAGGAAGCCAGUUUUUGGUUAAUAGAAGAAGCAGACUUGGCAGCAGCAACCUUCUUUUGCUUGGCUAACUUAGCUUGAUAGAAAGCAGCACUCUUGACCUUUCUGCGUUCUUCCAAUUUGGAGACAACGUCAGAGUACUUCCAGCCAACCUCAGAGGAGAGACGACCAACAGUGCAGUACUUACGGCCAGGCUUAAGGCGUAAGACACGAAGGGCAGCAGGGACGACAACACGCUUUUGCUUAUCGAAGGGAGGAGGAACACCCUCAACAGCUUGCAAGUGUUCCAAGGCAGCUUGACCACGGGGACUCUUGUGGGGAAGCAUACCGCGAACAGCCUUUUGGAAAAUGCGAGAGGGAGCACGGAAGUGGAAAGCACCACGAGUAGGGUUGUAACGGCAAGACUUGCGCAAGUAGGCGAGGUACUUGAGCUUGUUACGGAAGAAGCUGCCAGAGAUGUUUAACUCUUCACAACGGACAACGACGACUUUUUGACCCGACAAAAGUUGCUUAGCAACAACAGAAGCUAAACGGCCCAUGAGAUGGCUAUAAAGAAACAAUUAGUGACUUUCAUUCAACUAAAAAAAAAAAGAAAUUAUAAACAAACAUACCCCUUGGCAUCAAUGACAACUACUUUUUGAAACUCUGACAUGUUUCGUCGUGUCCUACAGACAACAUUGCAGACGCGUUGGUUUGUUUUGAUUUCCCGUGACUGUUUUCUGAGACCCAAAGUUUGUCCUUCGCGUAAUUAAAGCUUCAAAAUAAACGAGAAGGGGGUCAGCGUAAGAUUUACGAAAGAAAAAGGAAGCAGGAAAACGAGAUGGUUUUCUUAGCGUUUGUUGGAGAAUAUGAUUCAAUUAAAAGUAAAUGUAGAAGACUUUUUUUUUAAAAAAAAAGGGCAUUACUUCUCGAUUUUGAAAUAACGAAUGCAACUGAGAUUCCGUAAUAAACAAACUUGCGUAUUCCGGUUUCCUUAAAGAUCCUAUCUUUUUUUAUUGGAACUUUCAGGAUGAAGAAACAGAAGAUCUAUCAAAAUCAAACACCCAAAAAGGUGCGCAUAGGCUAAUGCGUUCUGCUGGUUUUUCUUCAAGUACUGUGUGCAAUACCAAAACCUGAAGAACAGUUUAGAUACCAAAUGUGCGUUGCGAUUCCGUAUCUUAAUUU